UUGAAUUCCCACGUUUUAUGGCCAAUCCAUCCGUGUUUUAUUUGAACUCUUCCGCCUCUUCUCUCUUACCGCGCAGACGAUUUGGCGUCUUCAUCCUGUCUUUCUAACCUACGUCGCGACUACUCUCCCUCAUCGCCGUCACCAACCAAACACCACGAAACGCCCUCUGAGCGAAACAAGGAGCUUGAACGCGUCCUCAUGGCACGCGUUUCGAUUCCUUCUUCCGCCCGCAACACGCAGCGCGGCAGCCCCCGCGAGCCUUCUCCUUCCCUUUGGCCUCGCACUCCUACCUCUAUAAAGCCCCUUACCCUUCCAACCCCUCAUGCACCGUAUCAUUCAAUCUCUCUUCCCUUCUUCUUUUGCUCGAUCCCAUGGCCGAGUCGAAGCAGUCCUACCUGAACGGGGCCUACUACGGCCCCCCGGUCCCGCCGCGAGACACCUACCGCAGCGUCGGCCGUAGCUCCGGCUUCUGCUGCUGCGGCCCCUGCUGCCUCCUCUGCAACCUCGUCAAGUUCAUCGUCUCCAUCGUCAUCACCCUCGGCAUCGUCGUCCUCGUCCUCUGGCUCAUCUUCCGCCCCAACGACAUCAAGGCUCACGUCGACGACGCCUCCCUCACCCAAUUCAACUACACCACCGGCACCGGCAGCCUGAGCUACAACCUCAGCCUCGCCAUGAGCAUCCGCAACCCCAACAAGCGGAUCAGCAUCUACUACGACUACCUGGAGGCGCGGGCGAGCUACGACGGCUUCCGCUUCGGCUACGCCCCGCUGCCCGUCUUCUACCAGAGGCGGAAGAGCACGGCGGCGCUCGCCCCGGCGUUCCAGGGCGCGCAGGUCGUGACGGAGGACGGCGUCGCGGAGACGUACGUGAGGGAGACGGGCGAGGGCUUCUACUACGUGGACGUCAGCGUGUACGCCAAGCUGCGACUCAAGGUGUGGGUCUUUAAGAUUCGGUACAACCGGCCGCGGAUCGACUGCAGCUUGAAGCUUCCCGUGCCGGGGACCGCCGGCUCCUUCGAGAAGACCAAGUGCCACGUGCACCACUUUUAGCUUCGUGCACCACACUACAUUGUUUCAUCGGUAUACGUAUACGUCGUAUGGGUAUCGAGAGAUGUACACUAUACAGUUCGUGGAUUUGUAGUUUCGAGUAUUGCUUACUUACAUAUAUAUAAUUAAAUAAUGUAUUUUUCUUACAUGUUGACUUUGA